AUGAGUAAAGACUUCAAGCUAGAUAGCCUUGGUGGAUUUGAGGACACGGUGGACGUUGUUACAACACCGAUAAAAUAUGAAGAAGCAGAACCCACAAAUAAAAGAGGGUUUUUCAAAGGCUUUAUUGAUGGAUUCAGGAAAAUCGAGGUGAUUGAUGAAGCACUUGAUCCAAACCUAACCGACGUUGAAAGAGCAAAUAUAUUGGCAGAUAGAUCGCCUCUAAAGCGUAAUUUGAAAAAUAGACAUAUUCAAAUGAUUGCGAUAGGUGGUUCGAUUGGUACUGGUUUAUUCGUUGGUUCUGGCUCAUCAUUAGCUACUGGUGGGCCUGCCCCUUUGAUUAUUUGUUAUUUUUUAAUUGGUACUAUGGUGUUUUCCUCUGUGCAAGCCUUAGGUGAGUUGUCAGUUGCAUUCCCAAUAUCAGGUUCUUUUCUAUCGUUGACAACCAGAAUGGUCUCACCAAUUUGGAGUUUUGCAAUGGCAUGGAAUUAUGGCUUACAAUGGAUUGUUCUUCUACCACUUGAAUUAGUUGCAGCAGCAUUAACUAUUGGAUAUUGGAAUAACAGCGUUAAUGGGGCUGCGUGGGUUUCUAUAUUUUAUGCGUUGAUUGUAUUCAUCAAUAUAUUUGGUGUCAAGGGAUACGGUGAGGCAGAAUUUUUGUUCAGUGCAAUCAAAGUUAUAGCAGUUGUUGGUUUUGUUAUUCUUGGUAUUGUCUUGAAUUGUGGUGGUGGGCCAGUUGGUGGUUAUAUUGGAGGAAAAUAUUGGCAUGAUCCUGGGGCCUUCAAUCAUGGAUUCAAGGGAUUUUGCGGUGUUUUUGUAAGUGCAGCGUUUGCCUUUGCUGGUACUGAAUUGAUAGGUUUAGUUGCUGCAGAAACGGAAAACCCAAGAAAGACAUUACCGAAGGCCGCAAAACAAGUUUUCUGGAGAAUCACUUUAUUCUACCUUGUUGCACUAACAAUGGUUGGACUUUUGGUCCCUUAUAAUGAUCCAAGAUUAAUUGGAAAUUCCGAUGUUUCGGCUUCUCCGUUUGUUAUUGCUAUCCGGAAUGCUGGAAUCGGGGAACUACCAUCUGUCAUGAAUGUUGUUAUUCUAGUCUCUGUUUUGAGUGUUGGUAACUCGUCAGUUUACGGCUGUUCAAGAACAAUUGCUACCAUGGCGAAUCAAGGAUUUCUACCUAAAUGUUGUGGUUACAUUGACAGGAAAGGUAGACCGGCAGUUGGUGUGCUCAUUACAUUGGUAUUCGGGCUGCUAUGUUUCCUGGCAGCCACCCCGAAACAAGAAGAUGUCUUUGACUGGAUGAUGGCGUUAUCCGGAUUAUCAUCCAUAUUUACGUGGGGAACAAUAUGCUUAUGCCACCUCAGAUUCAGGAUGGCCCUGAAAGCCCAAGGAAGGUCAACUGAUGAACUGUCGUUUACGGCAAUGGGUGGCAUUUGGGGCUCUAUCUGGAGUGUUGUUUUAAACGUAUUGGUUUUGAUUGUCCAGUUCUGGGUUGCCCUAUUCCCAGAAGGUUCAGCCGAUGCCUAUAAUUUCUUCCAGUUGUACCUGAAUGCAGCCUUUGUACUUUUCUGCAUUGGGGUUUUCCUCGUUUGGAAGAGGUUCAAGGUCACUUGGAUAAUACCCAUCAAGGAAAUCGAUAUUGAUACAGGACGUCGUGUCGAAGACUGGGAUCUGUUGAAACAGGAAAUUGCCGACGAAAAGGCAUUCAUUGCUUCCAAGCCGUGGUACUACAGACUCUACAACAUGUGGUGUUAG